UGUCGGCCGGUUGUGUUCACAAUGCCACACGCGAGUCCGGUGAAAGUUUAGUGAGAUGAGACUGUUAAGCGUCUUUAUGUUUGUGGUGACAUGGACAGCAGGCAGCGCCGGGUAUGACUACGCGUCGUCGUGCGCGCGACCCCACCGCGCGGGCCGAGCUCGGGCGCCGGCCGCGCCCUGCGACCUCACCAAACAGAGCUUCUGCACAACUCCCGGCACCAACUACCCGUGGCAUGCCAUCAGGAGAUUUGUUAGAGAGAACCAAGGUCUGAUGCGGAGAAUGUAUGGAGAAGAGCGUCACAUAUCAGUAUUGAAAGCAGAACUGGAAAAUUUCAUAGAAGUCGAUGGGGAAGACGAUAUCAAAAAACCUACAAAUUUUGCUGAAGAUAUAAUCAAAACGAAAAUGAUGUACACAAAGAGAGGCUCCGGACGUGUCAUGAAGGAUAAGCCCCACUUCAGACCGAUCCAAUCAGCUAUUAGAGACCAAAACAAGAAAGGUGAAAACGAUACACUUAAAGUGAAACCACUAAACCUGAAUACAAAACAUAAUAAAACUGAUGGCGGUAAUAAAACAGAAACAACCACUAAUAAAACUGAUAAUAUAGAAAAAGGCAUUUCCUACAAGACUAAACUUGAAAGUAUAGCUAAUAUAGAGAUAAAUAACUUAGACCCCGAUAUCAUCACUUUAGAAGCCGUUAUAAAACAAAGUAUUGAAACAAAUGGUGUCUUUAAUGAUCCACCUGGAGAUUCUAAAAGCGAGCCUAUUGUAUUUGACGAAAAGAAUAAAACAGCGCAAAGUAAGAACACUACUUUAGAAAAUAUUAUAAAUACAACAGAGAAUUUAACUGAAGACUAUGAUGAUUUGACUACAGAAUCCGACAAAGAUGGCUUCAAAUCUAUGAAUGCAGAUAUGUCUACUUUACCGCCUACACUUCUGUUUUCAGAACACGAAAAGAUUAAUACAAAAGUUGAUAAAAUGGAUGUAAAAGUUACUGACAAAAAACCAAUCCAACAUCAAGAAAGUUUGCGACCAGCUUUUAUAAAAUUACGAGGAGCAAACGCAUGUGAAACAAAAGAAGAGAUGCAAGCGCCUUUCUGGGCCAACAACACCAGAGGAGAAGUACUAGCUCUGCUGAAUAUGUACCCUUUCGAGCAGUAUAUACACUUAGAGACCUGCGUCCAGGAGAAGAAGCAAAUGUACUGUCGGGAGGGAUGCUUAUGUGAGCAACAAUACCGCCUGCAUCGACUCCUAGCGUACGACCCUCACAACGAAUGCCGUGGCAUCUUCGCUGACUGGUUCAAGUUCCCGGCGUGUUGUGUGUGCAAAUGUUAUGAUGUACCAGUCGAGUUCCGCGCAAGAUCUCCAAGAAUCCACCACCCUCGGUACGACGAGGAAGUCAAAAGGGUUAUAUACGAGGACGCUGCGAGGGACUGGUACGCAAUGUCGGCAUUUGGGGAUGAAGAAAACGAUUUCUUUUGAAGAAUCGUCUGUCGUCUGACACAAGACAGAAGACAAAGUUAACUUAGCCCACCUGGAUUAAUUUAUAUUCGAAUUAGAAGUUAACAUAAAGUGAAGCUCAAAUCAUGAGCCAUGGUUUGAGUAAUAGUAAAUUUAAUUGUAUUUAUAAUAGAAUCUCGUAAAUGAAAUAACCACAGACAAUUGCGUUGUAAACUUUAAUACAGGGUUGCCAACCCCAAAUUUAAAACCUCAAGAUUUAAAUUUGGAAUACCAGGACACUUCAGUUUAAAAAAACAAUGAAGUAAUAGAAUUGCAAUAAUUAAAUUACUAUGUAGUGGAAGUAUGUGAAAUGAAAUUCAAGUAAUCAAAAUAGGCAUAUUUUUAACAAUAGUAUUUGAAUAAAAUUAUACGUGUUGAUAACGUUUUUAUUAAAAGAAGCGGGUGAAUUGUAAAUUUAGAUAUCCAGGACACUGAUUAAUACCUAUUCAAGAUGUCCCACGACACUUCAAAA